AUGGAUUAUGGAAGGAAAAGGAAGCUAACAUUUUUUACCAUUGGACUAAUCUUUCUUUUGAGCGGCGUGGAAUAUGCUGUGAUACUCCCCACUAUAUGGAAGUAUUUGCAAACAUUAGAGGCACCAUCGUAUUUUCUGGGUUUGACCCUAUCAGCGUUCAGUCUCAGUGGCCUCCUGUCAGGGCCACUAUUUGGCCACUGGUCUGACCGAACGCGAAUAACCAAGAAGAUAAUCUUGUUUGCCAACCUUUUUGAGAUUGUGGGUAACUUCAUGUACUUCAUGGGCUUUUCCAAAUGGCUCCUUCUGUCAAGCAGACUGGUCGCAGGCAUUGGCACGGGUGCUGGCUCGUCCAUCUUUGGUUUCCUAACCAGAAGCACAGCCCCAGAAGAUCGGUCCACUGUGUUUGCCGCUGCCAUGGUAUGUCGACAAGUCGGCCUUCUGAUUGGUCCAGCAUUUAACAUCUUCCUGAGACUGUGUGAUUUCCAUGUGGGUCCUUUUGUGGUCAAUACAUUCACUGCACCAGGGUUAUUUAUGUGCUUAUUGUGGAUUCUUCUUCAAUUUGCUGUGCUCUUCAUGUACUGGGAUCUUCCACCUGUGGAGAGGGGGAAGAAGACUGUUAAAAACAAGCAUAGUGACAUAGUGAAUGAACAUGGGAUUGAGGAUGAGCAAGCAAAUGAUGAGGCUGAUGAUGAAGUAAAGCCACUAAUUAAAUCACAGGAGCUAGUGGGUUCCUAUGGCUCUGUGGUUGCCGCUGACUCACACAGGAAUCAUCAUGUUGCUGCAACGUCUGAUUCUACUUUGAAUCAAAUUUCCCCAUAUCCUGAGCCAUCAGUUUCCCCCGAGUCCUCCAGUCCCUUUAAAAACUUCAGUCUCUCACGAGAGUUCCUCAGAGAAGAGGUGGUUGUGCUGCUGGCUGCUCAAUUUAUCACCCUCUUUAAUCAGACAGCAUUGGAGACCAUGGUGACUCCACUGACGCAGAAGUACUUCAACUAUGGAGAGUUGGAGAACAGCCUCAUGUACUGCCUCUGUGGUGUGGAAGUGAUUGCUGGUUUCCUAUUUGUGCGAUGGCUGAGCAGGCGUGUUGCUGAGCGAGUAAUUCUUGCUGUUGGCCUUAGCAUUUGCAACAUUUCCUGUGUCUGGUGUCUCAUCUUCCUGGCAAACCCGCUAGGUGAUUUCCCAUGGCAGCUGACAGAGUUUGUCAUAGGCGUGUUUCUGCAGGUUCUGGGUUUACCAUUUGUAGCUGUGGCCCAGGUUUCACUCUUCUCCAAAGUUACUUCUGAAAAAACACAAGGUUUCAGUCAGGGCGUGCGUCGCUCAGUUGGAGGUCUCGCAACUAUUCUGGGCCCGCUGUGGGCUGGUGGCCUCACUGACAACAUGUAUAUCAUGAUGGGUGUGAUGAUGGUGCUUCUAGCACUGCUAACGAUGAUGCUAGCCUUCUCUUACAAGCGACUGGUUGAACCUUCUCAUGAGGAUGAAGAUGACAGUGGAGACCGCUGUUGA